GGAGAAACACAGUGGACUCUCUGUUUAUUAUUACAUAACAUAAGGAUGGACGUGACUCGUAUGCGACACGGUUGCUGUGUUAAACGCUGUUAAACGGCGUGUUUCGCUGAUGGUUAGCAGUAAGGGGACGUGUGGCUGUUCCGUCCUUGCACGUUACUGGGCUCACGUGUGAGAUGUUAUGUAACACAGAGCUCGGACAGCUCAGCUGCCUCUGCUAUUGUCAAACUGCACUGAUGGUGUACAGCUUCCCCGUCACCUUCUUAGGUAGCGGUGAAAAUGCUCACUGUGAUUGACUGGCGACCAGUCCAGGAUGUACCCCGCCUCUCGCCAAUAGUCAACUGGGAUAGGUUCCAGCUCCGCCGCGACCCUGACGCAUAAGCGCACCGUGAUGGAUGAGUUGGUGCAGGACCUUGUGUCUGCCUUGGAACAGACCUCAGAGCAAAGUAAGCUGGGGGAGCUGUGGGAGGAAAUGGUCCUGAGUCCUCUGCAGCAGCGCCGGCAGAUUCGCCGCCGCAGAGGCCGCAAGCGCUGUCGUGAAUCAUCUCUCUUUCCGCUGGAGCACAGACGAUGCUGGAUUGAGGCCUCAGAGUCCAGCUUGGAUGAGACUAAAGAAUUCAGGGAGAACUCUUCCUCAACCAUUGAUGCCUCUGUGGCCAAUUGCAGUGACUCUGAUGACAUGACAUCAACCAGUCGAUGGCGUUCCGUCAUGAGAGGCCCGGUCAGGACUAGGCAGCCGUCCUGGCCCGAGUCUGACUCCUUCACUGAGAAUAAUCCAGGACGGCAACUCCGGAGACGGAGGAAAAUCAAACGCAUGACCUCCGACGUCACCAUUAGGUUGCAGCAGAAGCUAAAAGUUUCUGAUGUAAAUGCGAAACGGAGACACAGGCCGCCUAGGAUGCAGCAUCUCUCCGGAUCGCAGAAGAGGCCUGGUGGUUGGAUGGGACCAGACCGGCAGACUGAAGGAGCCAGGCUGAUGGGAAAGGAGUGCUGGAAGAGAAAGAUGGCCAAGGAAUGCAGAGAUGGUGCUGAUGAGAACAUGUCUGAAGGGGAAACCAGCAGCACAUGCAGCAGUGACCCUGGCCUGUUCACCAAUGAUGAGGGGAGACAAGGCGACGACGAGCAGAGUGACUGGUUUUUCGAGGGCGACUGUGGAGUCGGGACGGGCGUGGCCAGCCUGCUGCCCGGCUGGGACUCAGACAACCAGCCUUCCCUCGAGGGUAACCGUCCUUCGGCCACCUUCCUGCAACCUGCAAGGCCCUCUCAGAGAGGUAAAAUAAAGACGUUUUGUGCUGUUGCAGGGUAUCGGUAUCAGUCACAUUUGAAACGUGUGCCUGGCUCUGCUGCCUGCUGCAUCAGAAAGGAUAGGAGGCGGCAUCCCAGCAAGGGAAACAGUAUGCCAGUGUUUGUAGAGAGACUGAGACACUUCCCCCAAGAUCCUUACCAGAGAGACUUUUGGCUGCCUUCUGUUGGAAAACGAGACCGAAGCCAGUUGAACCCUUUGUGCCCAUUACCAGUGUGUCCUAUUGACAUGGUGUCAGAGAGCUCCCAUCUCAGAUGUUCCUCCUCAGUCUGCAGAAACAGGCAGACUAAUGUCACUCCGGGACCGUUAUGUACUGGAGACUCCAGGAGGAGGAGGGAAACAGAAGGUGUGUCUGUCACAACAUCAGCUAGCAGCCCUUUUCACAAGGAUCACCAGAAAGAAGAGGCACAGGGAGCCACUAAGACCUCAGCUGUAGAGACUGCGGGAACAAGUGCACCGGGUUCACCGUUGUCUGCUCAUCCUGAGAGUUUAUCUGUCCUGCAGGAGGGACUGUGAGCAAAGAUGGACACAAAUACAUCAAAAAGUAUUUCAUUGCACAUUACACGUCCUUGCUCAGCAAAUGUAUUAAAAUGUAUGUGUAAUUACAAAACAAUUUUUAAUUUGAAAAUACGAAAAUACAUUUUUACAUUUUACAAACAGAUGUUUUAGAGAUAUAACCUCAAUAUGAGUCUAACUUUAAUGCCCCUACAUUGAAAAGAUGAGCUUUGCUAAUGCCCCAAGUCAUAGAUGAAGUGGUCAAUCAGGAUAUCCAGAAUGAGGGGGGGGGGGGGGCUGCAAAUUAAAGAGUGCAUGCUGGCGGUUUCUGUCAAAGCAACCACUGACUGACUAAGAGAGCUGCAGCCAAUUGAAAUGCGAGUGGGCGAGAUGAACAGUUGGGCCACGAUGAUGGUGAUGAUCUAGUUCUUUUAGAUAGCAGUAAGACUGGACAUUUAGCAGAUGCCUUUUUCAAGAGUGAUAAAUGUCAGUGCAGUGGCGUAAGUAAAUUUCUAAGAUCUUCUUUACAAGACACCAGAGUGAAGGCUAGAGACAGCGUGUGAUAGGUAGAUAGAUACUUUAUUGAUCCCAAUGGAAAUCCAGGAUACAAUACAAAAUAGCAGAAGAGAAAGAGAACACCCCCCCCCCUCAAUCUGAACAGCAACCUCCCAAAAAUAUUGUAUUGUCCUUUAUAUACUUCCUAACACUGCAGUCCUUCCUUUUCAGUUUUAGUUGUUCAGACUACCUAAUAUGUAACAUUUCCCUGUCCAACCAACAGAAAAGCCCACUUGUUUAUAAGCAUUGUAAGUAUUUGAAAUACACAAAUAUAAGCUCUUGAAGUACUGUGUUACAUGUCAGAUUAAAUUUUUUUCAAAAUGCUCAAAUGUAAUUGAAUAUGUAUUUUAAAUACAUUUAACAAGAGUACUGCCCAUCCCUGACUGGGAGGACACCUGAACUGGGCCAGACAAGUACACCUCAGUCUUGAAGGGCUUGCCAAAACAAAGCUAUUGUGCCAUAGAAUGAAAAGGCUAAAACUCCUCCUGCAGCACAAACUCAAAGACAAAGAAAAAAUACAAAUCACAUCAUUACUCCUGAAAUCAGCAUGUUACUGCUGGAUCCGGUCUUUCCAGGUAGUAUAUUAAGCCUGACAAAUGUUAAUGCAAUCAAGCCUUGUUAAGCUGUCUGCCCCCUCCUCAAGGAAGAAAGCAGCUUCAAGAGGCUCCUCGUUUGACUCAAGACUUGACGGUCCCUCCUGUUUCCUCACACAGUCUCACAGGCCACCUGCUACCACACAAUUCAGCAAUUAUGUCCACUCUAGUAGUGCGGCGUUUGUCAGCUGGAACACCAGAAGGACAGUCAGGUGAAUCUGUGUGGCCAUGGGGUGAGGGGGGACUCUACUUUGCGGCAGUGGCAACAGUGGCUGUGCAGCAGCACGUAACUAUCUGUGAGACAGGAGAGCAUCAGAAUGUUUAGCUACCACAUGCUGGUACCGGGUUCAGAGAGGCAACCACCGGUAGAGAGCCACACAAAGUACAGGCCUCCUAUUAGCAUGGAUUUGAAAAGCUACAGUUUGUUCAAAGGUGUUCAUUAGCACAACACAGGGGGAGUGUAGUUGCCGUCCUCGGAGGGCCGCCUCUGUUCUCUUCAGCUUACCUUCCAUAUUCAAAUGUCCCAAAAUGUAUUUAAGUUCAAGGCCAGCUGCAAAUCUGUUUGAGCAGCCUGUUUUGCAGCAGUAGUGGAUCAGUUGCUUUUGGGGCCAGGAGAAAGAAGUCAGAGGAGCCAUUGGAAAUGGGAGAGGAGAGUCGCACACUGUCUUUUCACCUACCCUUGGGGUAUACAUUUCCCCGACUCCCUCGGCAUCAGAUGCAUUAAAAGAUCAAUGGCAGCAUACAGUGAGAUCAAACACAACAGUUCGCACCAAGCUGGUAAACAAGCAGUAUUCUCAGAAAAAUACAUUUUUUAUAUAGGAGUCAAGUGAAGUACAUUCCGCUUGACCUAAGCCAUAUACUGUUUGUGUUAACCGUUGCAGUUUUUAACAACACAAUAUACUUCUGUAUAUGAUGAAUUGUCUUUGCUGUUUCGAAAAGGUAUUUUAUAGUGAAAUGCUGGCAUGUAGAGAAACAGCAGAGUGAAUUUAAUUGUGUGCAAAAGUUCUAUAACUGAAGUCUUCCUAUCGCCAAAAGGCACAAGUAUGCACUUUCAAUAAUGAUUACAAGAUACCUUUGUAGUGAAAUGACUUGAAUAUCAUCUGCUACACACAGGAUGUCUUUUCAGACACUUAAAAGUCUUAUUUAAGAGAAGAAUCGCAUUCAGUAGAAUGAGAUUUGCCAAUUAACGUGAGUUAUAUGUCUGCAAUAAUCCGUGUGAGAAGGCUUUAUGUGAUCAUGUUGGCCGGGGAUGACAUUUAUAAAUGCUGUGUGUGCACACCCGUCUAAAUGGAUGCCUCACACAAGACAUCCUGCCACAGGAAUCAGUCAAAGUGUUGAGACAGAGAGUGCCCUCCCCCAUUGCUGACCCCAACUGCCUCCAUUGCUGCAGCUUGACCAGGUGAUCCAGCUGCACUGUGGGUGCUUCCCAAGCAAGGAAUGCACACUUGAUUUAUAGGAACUUCACACUAGUUGAGCUUUGUAAUUAGAAAAAAAGAAGCUUUUGAUAAAUACAUCGAUGGCUUCUUCAAGACGUUUGCCCCUGAACACGCUGACAAGUAUUGACUGUGUAGUGUUUUAAGGAGAGCUUCUCGCUGUUGCUGUAUCCGUCAGACUGUGUUUUGGUGCCAAGGUACUGACAGGCGGGGAAGACGCAUCAGUUACAGAUACAGACAUGGUAUCAGGGAGGGAAACACCUCACCUACCUCUCUGGUAAUUAGCAGUCACCAUAAUGACACCUCAGCCAGACUGUAUGCCCCAAAAUGAUUUUCCAAUGGCCAGGAAGUGGAGGAAUGGCUUCCGUGCAGCCAGUCAAUUGCCCUGUUACAGUUAAGGAAUCCAGCAGGCUGGUACCACUCAUAUUUCAUCCUGGGUAAAGAUUACCUGUCAGACCCAUGGGAGAUGUAUUGAUCUGUUUUCCUUUUUCCGCCAGCAAUCACCUGACAAAGGCACCUAGGAGGCAAGUGAAUGAGUGAUGCCUGGACUGUCUGCUCCAGUGUAGUGGCUUCUAGUGUCCACUGAUGGGUGGAAAGGUGAUGAGGAAGAGCAAGAGAUAAUGCAGUCAUAAACUCUGUUUGAACCUCCUCUGUAUGCAUGCAGGACAGCCCCCUUGGGGUCACAGGUCACUGGGGAAUUUGCUUUUUUCGUGGCUCCUUUCUUGUCAGUGGCAUUUGUUCUUGCCGUGUAGUGUGUAGUGAUGAUAGAAACACAUGCAAAAAAGGCUCUCUGGUUCCUGCUGACAAAUGCAUGUUGCGAGUCACCGUAGUUCAACUCACUUUGGGUUUCAAAUGUGAUCCAGUUUGAUCUGGGCACCCCUCUGUCAAUGAAAUCAGACCUUGAGUGGUCAGGGUUUCCUGUGACUGUGAGUGUGGCGAUGCUGCACUAACAAUGAUCAAUAUAUUUUACAUUAUCUCAUGUUUUUGUGGCAGCUACAAGUAUUUAUAUCUUUGCCUUGAUCAAUGUAGCAGCUAAACGUAUUUAUGUAUUUGCCUUGAUCGAUGUAUUAUCCAUUAAGCAAUGCAUUUUAAGUGAUUGCACUGUAUUAAAUGUGUGGUAUUUAUGAUGUUAUGCAUAAUUAUACGUCCAUUAAUUGAGGAUUUAGGUCUGAGGACAUUAAAUACAUAAAUUCAAUUUCAUGAUAGAUAGAAGUUUAGAUAUGUGUCUCUAAUGUCUCUCUCUCUUUUUACUGUCAUAUUUUCUAAUUUCAUUUACAAGGAUUUAAAUAUAUCUCCCUGAUAUCAGGGCUCUUAGGCAGCUAGCCACAUUUGAUACGUAGUACAAAUAGCAUCUUAUCUCACAGGCUGUUAUCUUUAUAUUUAAUAGCAGUGGAGGCAUGCCUAAUUGCUUUGCAAAUGAUCUAAAGAGGAUUAUUCCUCCCUUAAAAAGCAUGCAUGGUGUCACUAGAUGUUAAGAGAGACUUUACAAUGGUAAAAUGCAAUCAAACCUGCAGUGCAGCGUUUAUGCAGUAGCUCUGUUUUCUAUGAUCAUCAACUAAUGUUGUGUCAAAACAACUGUCAGUAUGAUGCAGAUACUUAUGUGUGAACAUGAUCAUGGAGUAUUGAGAGUAAGAAGCUGUUUUUAGAAAUUGUAGUUCUAUUCAGUUUGUGUAUUUUCAAUGAUAUAAAUUUGUUUUUUCAAGACAGUGUAAUGUCUUGUUUUCAUGCGAUGUGUAAUCAUUUCUUCAUAUCAUGAGUAAUUCAUUUUUUUUAUUUAUUUCAAAUACUGGAUUUGUGUGCAAUAAAUGAGCGACUGAAAUA